AGCUAGUAGCUAGUACUAAUUACCCUUCCCCCAUUAUUCAUUAUCAUCGUUGACCAUUCGAGAUUUGACCCUCCAAGUGCUUGCAAGAAAGAAAGAAGUGGCAUCACCAAAACAAACCCAUCUCGUAGAAUUGCGAUCAUAACAACAAAGACAAUGAAGCAGUGAUGCUUCUUCUUCUUCUCAUGCUCUCUGUAACCCCCCAAACCCUCAUAAUCUCAAUUCUCACACUCCCAUUUCUCCCUUCUCUUAUUUAUUAUUAUUACAUACAUAAUCACAAUUUGUCAAUUUCCCUGAAGAAAAAAAAAACCCUAAAAAAUCUGCUCGUUUGGAUCCCAUCUAGGGGCGCACCCCGGAUCUCCGAUUCUCUGGAUCACUCCCAAGUUCUCAUCUUUUUUGUUUUUGGCGAAGUGGGUCGUUGUUGAAUACGUGGUUUCUGAUCCAGGUUUGAUUGAAUUUGGGGGUUUCUGGGUUUGUGAUUGAAAUGGUCUAUUUCCAUAGCUCAGUCUCCCUCUGCAACUCCUCCGUUGACCAAUCCAUGGCAAAUUCCCUCGAUCCGAAAUCGAGGCACAGGAAAACCCCCAAUUUCCUCCCGUCUCCACCGUGCCAGCGAUCCCGGUCGGCUGUGGUUGACGUCGUGAUUUUUGCAGCGGUUAUCGCGGCUUUUGGGUUCUUGUUGUUCCCCUAUGCUCAAAUUGUGGCCAGUGAGAGUGUCAAAAUUGGUGUUGUGAUUGUGAAUUUGGUCGAAGAGGAGGCUUCUGUUGCCCCUUGGAUUUACAUGUUUAUUGGUGUCAGUGUUACCUUUGCAGCAUUGACUACUUGGGUUCUCGUGGCUUGCACAACAAGGAAGUGUGGGAACCCCAAUUGCAAGGGUCUAAGGAAGGCUGCAGAGUUUGACAUUCAGUUGGAGACUGAGGAUUGUGUGAAGAAUUCACCUUCAUUGACAAAGGGUGGUGGGGUUAAGAAGGGACUGUUCAAGGUUCCUUGUGAUCAUCACCGCGAACUUGAGGCUGAGCUUAAGAAGAUGGCACCCCCCAAUGGAAGGGCCAUUCUUGUCCUCAGGGGAAGGUGUGGUUGUUCUGUUGGUAGGCUGGAGGUUCCGAGACCAAAGAAGAAUAGAAAGAUCAAGAAGUAGAAUACAGAAAAGAAGAAACAAAAAGUCUUAUAGGAAGGAGAGAAUAUUGGAUACAGAAUGUAGUCUUAAAUGGGCAGAGAGGUUGCUUAUAGUUAUAUGGUCAUAUUCUAUUUAAAAUUAGGUUGUCUUUGGAAUAAGUCUCUCCAAUUUGGCAAUAAGUUGUAAGAAACUAUGAAUCAUACACAGUUUGGGUAUUUAUACCUGGUAAUAUAAGAAUCCUUUAAUUUGAAUUGAUUUA